CCCAAUACAAAGAUUCUCUUUCUCUCUCUUUCUCUCUCUCACAGAUCUUCACGUGAAAUCUCCCAGGAGCCCCAUCUCUUCUUCUCAGUUCUCACUACAAAACGCUCUCUCAACUCACUUCAGCUCCUGUUUCAUCCCUCAUUCUCUUUCCAUCUUCCCACUAUUACAAUACAAAGAAUCUCCCUUUCUUCUUUUUCUUCUUCUUCUUCUUCUUCUUCUUCUUCUUCUUCUUCUUCUGGUUUCUUUUCACAGCUGGUAUAGUUCUUAAUGGUUAUGGAUAAGGAAACGGAGAUUUUCAAAGGCUUUUACGCAUACCCUUUUUGGGUUUUUCAGUUUUUCAGUGGGAGAGUGGUGGGUUGGAGACGCAUUUGUGAUAAAAAGAAGGAGAAAUGGAAGAAGUUUCAGCUCAAGAGUGAGGCUUCUGGGCAUUAUGCUCGCUUUCUACUGUUUGUUCAGUUGAUUAUCUUGGUGGUCCAGCCUGUUUCAAGCCAGGGAUGGGAUGGAGUCAUUGUCACAGAAGCUGAUUUCCAAUCGCUUCAGGCCUUCAAGCAUGAACUGGUGGAUCCAAGAGGGUUCUUGAGGAGCUGGAACGACAGUGGAUAUGGAGCUUGUUCGGGUGGUUGGGUUGGGAUCAAGUGUGCUCAGGGACAGGUCAUUGUUAUUCAGCUUCCAUGGAAAGGAUUGGGAGGUCGAAUCUCAGAGAAGAUUGGGCAGCUACAAGCGCUACGAAAACUGAGUCUCCAUGAUAAUUUCAUUGGUGGUUCCAUACCUUCAGCUCUGGGGUUUCUCCCAAACCUCAGAGGAGUUCAGCUCUUCAAUAAUAGGUUUUCGGGUUCUAUUCCUCCUUCAAUUGGUUCCUGUCCCUUGCUUCAAACUGUUGAUCUCAGUAACAAUUCUCUCUCUGGGACUAUCCCUGAUAGUCUUUUUAACUCUACCAAGUUUUACAGGCUCAAUCUCAGCUUCAAUUCCUUUUCGGGUUCCAUCCCUGUUAGUCUCACUCGCUCUUCUUCCCUCACCUUCCUUGCUCUCCAACACAAUAACCUCUCUGGCCCUAUACCCAACUCUUGGGGUGUUGGGACGCAAGGGAAAAGCCUUUUUCGCCUUCAGUCAUUAGCCCUUGAUCAUAACUUCUUCUCUGGAAGCAUGCCCACUUCUUUGGGGAAGUUGAGUGAGCUCCAAGAGGUUUCUCUCAGUCAUAACCAGAUCACUGGAGCCAUACCUGAUGAAAUAGGCCGGCUCUCCAGGCUUAAAACAGUAGAUUUCUCCAGCAAUGCCAUUAAUGGAAGCUUGCCCAUUAGUCUCUCCAAUUUAUCCUCUCUUCUUGUGUUGAAUCUGGAGAACAAUGGCCUUGAUAGCCAAAUCCCAGAUGCCUUUCAGAAGUUGCAGAACCUUUCAGUCCUCAACUUGAGGAGAAACCGAUUCAAUGGUCCUAUUCCUGGAAGUAUCGGGAACGCUUCAGCGCUCACACAGCUUGAUUUAUCGCAGAAUAACCUCACCGGAGAAAUCCCAUCUUCCAUUGCUGAUCUUCCAAACCUGAAUUCCUUCAAUGUUUCUUACAACAACCUCUCUGGUUCUGUUCCAACUCUUCUGUCCCAAAAGUUCAAUUCAAGCUGCUUUGUGGGGAAUCUUCAGCUCUGUGGGUACGGUGCUUCAACCCCUUGCCCUUCUGAAGUACCUUCUCAAGUUGUCCCAGCUUCAUCUCCGGGAAAACCGAGGAGACAUGGCAGAAAACUAAGUACCAAGGACAUAAUUCUCAUAGCAGCAGGGGCACUGCUCAUAAUCUUGCUUCUAGUCUGCUGUAUUUUGCUGUGCUGCUUGAUCAGAAAAAGGGCUGCAUCAAAAGCAAAGGAUGGUGAGGCCACAGGAAGAAGGCCUGGAGCAGCAAGGGCCGAGAAGGGCGCCCCUUCAGCCGGCGUUGAAGUCGAAGCAGGCGGAGAGGCAGGAGGCAAACUAGUCCAUUUUGAUGGGCCAAUGGUGUUCACAGCGGACGAUCUUUUGUGUGCAACCGCAGAGAUUAUGGGAAAGAGCACUUAUGGGACUGUUUACAAGGCCACAUUGGAGGAUGGAAACGAAGUUGCAGUGAAGAGAUUGAGGGAGAAGAUCACAAAAAGCCAGAGGGAAUUCGAAACUGAGGUUAAUGUACUUGGGAAAAUUCGACACCCUAAUCUUCUGGCUCUCAGGGCUUACUACUUAGGACCCAAAGGGGAGAAACUUCUUGUUUUCGACUACAUGCCGAAAGGGAGCCUCGCAGCUUUCCUCCAUGCCCGCGGCCCGGACAUAUCGAUUGAUUGGCCAACAAGGAUGAGAAUCGCACAAGGAACUACGCGCGGUCUGUUCCACCUUCAUAACAAUGAAAACAUAAUCCAUGGGAACCUUACAUCAAGCAAUUUAUUACUAGAUGAGAAUAUAACUGCCAAGAUUGCAGACUUUGGCCUCUCCAGGUUAAUGACGACUGCAGCCAAUUCUAAUGUGAUUGCAACAGCAGGGGCAUUGGGUUACCGGGCACCGGAGCUCUCGAAGCUGAAGAAAGCCAGCACAAAGACUGAUGUAUACAGUCUCGGGGUUAUUAUCCUGGAGCUUCUAACAGGGAAGUCGCCAGGGGAGGCGACGAAUGGAGUGGAUUUGCCUCAGUGGGUGGCCUCCAUUGUGAAGGAGGAGUGGACAAAUGAAGUGUUCGAUUUGGAGUUGAUGAAGGAUGCGUCUACGAUUGGUGAUGAGUUGCUGAACACUUUGAAACUGGCUUUGCAUUGUGUGGAUCCUUCACCCUCAGCACGGCCGGAAGUCCACCAGGUUCUCCAGCAGCUUGAGGAGAUCAGACCGGAGGCAGCUGCUAGUUCCGGUGAUGAUGGAGCCGGAGUCCCUUCAGCAAGUGAUUGAGAAGGGAAUGCUUGAAAGUUAGAUUUUAAGUAUUUGUUGGUAGAGAUAUUAGGGAGAGAGAGACAAUAGUCUCUACCACGAUUCUUUUAUUCUUGAAUUUCGAUUUUGGGUAGUGAUUCUGUAUCUGUAUAUAUAAGUUUGAUUUAGUUAAUUAAAGCUUGGUUUUGUCUGAAA